AUGGAAACUAAAGGGCUGAUGUCGUUACUCCGGCAAUCGGGAGACAAGAGGAAAACUAAAGGGAGCAGCGGCGGAGGGAUCUUCAAGAUGCUGAAGACAAUCCCUAUGCUGUCAACCGGCUGUAAGAUGGUAGCCCUGCUGGGCCGGCCAAGCAGGGCGCUGCUGCUCGGAGCCAGCACAAGGGCGACGACGACAGUGACCCUCUUUGGCUACCGUCGUGGGAAGCUCAGCUUGGCCAUCCAGGAAGGGCCCACGUGCCAACCCUCCUUCCUCAUCGAACUGCCCCUCCUCACCACUGCCUUCCACAAGGAGAUGGACUCUGGAGUGGUCAAAAUAGCAUUGGAAAGUGAGAGUAGAAGUCAACGUAGGAAGCUACUGGAGGAGCAUGUCUGGGCGGUCUACUGCAAUGGGCGAAAGUCAGGGUAUUCCAUAAGGAGAAAGCACAGCUCAGAAGAGGAUUGGCAUCUCCUAAUGGAGUUGCUACGUGGGGUGUCAAUGGGCGCCGGAGUGUUGCCGGCGUUGGAGGAGUCACCGGACGGCGAGAUGACCUACAUGCGGGCAAGAUUUGAAAGGGUAGUGGGCUCCAAGGACUCGGAAGCCUUGUACAUGGUGAACCCUGACGGCACUGGGGGUCCCGAGCUUAGCAUCUUCCUGGUGAGGGUGAAAUGA